GCGCUAUCAUUCUCAUUCUGUGCCCGUCCACGAAAACUGAGUGUCGUGUGUUCAAAAUAUGGCGCCUCAAAUAAAAUACACUAAGUUGUUCAUCGACAAUGAAUGGGUGGACGCCAAGAGCGGAAAAACAUUCGAUACUUACUACCCUCACGAUGGGUCUAUCAUAGCCAAAGUUGCUGAAGGCGACAAGGCGGACAUAGAUCUAGCCGUGGCAGCAGCUAAGCGUGCCUUCCAUCGCAACUCCGAAUGGAGACUUUACGACGCUUCAAAGAGACGAGAAAUCCUCACCAAGUUCGCAGACCUAGUUGCUCGAGACGCAUCUUACCUCGCAGAGCUAGAGUCUUACAAUAAUGGAAUGCUCCUGACUAUGGCUAACUACAUUGUAAAUAUGUCUGUUGGUGCUGGACAGUAUUUAGCCAGCUUAGCUGAUAAAUAUCAUGGAGAUACUAUUCCUCUCGACGGUGAAGCGUUCUCUUACACUCUGAAACAACCAGUCGGUGUUUGUGGUCUUAUUCUUCCGUGGAACGGCCCUAUUCCAAUAUUUAUCAACAAAGUUGUUACUGCAUUGGCUGCUGGUUGCACCGUAGUAGUCAAGCCCGCAGAGCAGACACCACUGACAGCAUUAUAUUUGGCUUCUUUGCUGAAGGAGGCAGGGAUUCCUGCUGGAGUCGUGAAUGUUGUACCGGGCUUCGGACCCGGCGCUGGCAGUUCCCUCACUCAUCACUCGGAUGUCGCUAAGAUUUCAUUCACUGGUUCUAGAGAGGUUGGCAUGUUAAUCCAGCAAGCAGCAGGGGUGAACAACUUGAAGCGGGUCACACUGGAGCUCGGUGGAAAGAGCCCCCUCGUCAUUAUGAACGAUGCAGACUUGGAUAUUGCAGUACCAACUGCAGCUGCUGCAAUUUUUAAUCUAUCCGGGCAAGUGUGUGUUGCUGCAUCCAGAUUAUACGUACAAGCAGAUAUUUAUGACGAGUUCGUAAAGAGAGCUGUCGAGCACGCGAAAAAAAUUAAUGUUGGAGAUCCUACUAAGUCCGAUACCACUCAGGGACCACAGACGGAUGAAGCAACUCUCAAUAAAAUUCUGGAAUACAUUGCUUUGGGCAAAAAAGAAGGCGCUAAGCUAAUGACUGGUGGCAACCGCAUCGGCAAAACUGGUUAUUACGUCGAGCCAACAGUCUUCGCAGAUGUCAAAGAUGACAUGACCAUUGCAAGGGAAGAGAUCUUUGGUCCCGUCCAAAGCAUUCUGAAGUUUAACACCCUGGAAGAAGUGAUCGAUCGUGCCAACAAUACGAAUUAUGGAUUGGCAGCCGGUAUCUUCACCAAGAACGUGAACAAUGCGUUACAGUAUGCCAAACAUGUCGAGGCUGGCAACGUAUGGAUCAAUGGCUACUUGAUUAUUGGGCCUCAGGCACCUUUUGGUGGUUUCAAAGAUUCUGGACUUGGACGUGAAAAUGGUAAAGACUGCAUCGAAGAAUACCUGGAAGUGAAAACUGUAUCGAUCGCACUGCCUAAGAAAUUUUAAAUGUUAAAAAUGUUACAAUGAAAUGUAAUUUUUGAGCUGCACUUUGUAUAAUGAUAUUGUUUCUUGUUGUUGAGUACUUGUAGCACAGAGUUUUAUAUCUUAAUACCAAGUAUUUAUAAUUUCUUACGUUAUCGUAAUAAAUAAAUAACUUACACUAUCAUCUUGAGAACAGAAGAAGUAAUUAAUUUUAACGGGACAGGACUUUGACCUGUUCAUACCGUAAGUGGCAUAGUGUUGAAUUUAUUCCUAACAGACGCUGUCACAUUAGACGCUUAUA